GGAUGUGAGGACUGAAUAGGUAUAAUAUUGCGCGAUCCUUGUCCACAAUACAAAGCUUAUCCCCAACAGCAUAAGCGUGCACACAUGCAAGGUGAGUCCAUUCUUCAUUUAAGUUAAGACGUUGGCACAGUCAGCUUCACGGGCAUCUUUGACUCUUCCAUAAAUGAUUGAAGUCGCAAGGAGAGAGAGAGAGAGAGAGAGAGAGGGGGAGGGAGAGAUUGCAGAAUUCCAUGUGCAUGGGUCUCUGUGGUUUAGAGGAGCCUCCGCUGCAAAAAUUUAUGCCCAACGCAAACUUUUUGUCCUCCAGCCCAGUUAAAGCCCCACCAACGGAUAAAAGAAUAAACCCUUUUCUUUCUCACUUCUUCACUCUUCUCUAGAUAUCAUCGCCAUCGCCCGCACAAAAAGAGAGAAAUAUAGUUUCUCAUCAUUCCAUUGGCCCCCAGAGAGAGCGCGCGCGCGCACUCAACGCCGACAUAUAUUCCGUAUGGGUGUUGCUAGUUCCAGCUCCAUGAGCAAGACGGCCAACAGCUCAAGCAAGAGCAGGGAGUUGAAGGGCCUCUUCACGGAGAGAGUGAGGCUGCUGCAAGAGGAGAUCAAUGGGAUAGUGCAGGAGAGAGAGAAGGAGGCCAAGUCCUACAAGAGGGAGGUCAUGGUGUUUGCACUUAAGGAGGGCGAGUGGAGGAGGGAGAGGAAGAGGCUGAGAGAGGAGGUGAGGAGGCUGAGGAAGGUGGUAGAGGAGAAGGACGAGAGGAUUAAAGGGAUGAUGGAAGGAGGAGGAGGAGGAGGAGGAGGAGGGGGAGAGAUGGUGGUGGUGGGUGAGGAAUGGGGGUUGUGGGUCGAGCAGAUGACUGAGGAGAGGGCAAGGAGGGACGAGGCUGUGGAGAAAUGGAAGCAGCUCUACCUUACCAUCAAGAUGGAGCUUGACGAUCUCAUUCAGACCGCUCAUUGCGGAGAGGGAAGACUGUGUUGGAGACCGGAGGAAGAAGAAGUGGUGGAAGAGCUGAAGAGGGAACUGAGAGCCAAGGAAGAAACCAUUGAAGCUCUCAAGUCUCAUCUGGCAUCCUUGGAACAAGACAAGCACAAGAGCGAGAGAGAGACAGACAUCCUGAGGCAGAGCCUGAGAAUCAUGAGCAACAAAAAUGGUGCUCUCACCACCACUGGGAAACUUAUUUGAUGUUUUGGUGGUGAUUAGGAGGAAGAAAAAAAUUUCUUGCAAGAACUAGAGGAUAAUGAAAAACGAGUGAAUUUACUUUUUUCUUUCUUUUUUUUUAGCAUUGUGGAAUCACAGAUAAGAAGUUAAUGCCACGGACCGACCGUAGAGCUGGGAUUGGGUCGUUGUGAAUGUAUAAUUAUGGCAAAUUGAUAUGAUGAGAGAUUAACUGUUGAACUUGCUCUUUCUCUAUGUCAAGACACUCCCUUUUUUCAGCAA